GUCCAAAUGCUGUCAGUGCGAGUCCUUGAGCCAAGAAGUCGUGCGCUCUGAUUGGUUCUUCUGCUAUCAGCUGACCUGGACGCGCCCAAUCAGUGAGCGUGACGGAGAAGGUCGCGUCCUCCGUUGCCCGGGCACGACAACAUGGCGGUGGGGCGCAAGAUAUACGGGAAACUGCGGCGCAAUGCCGAUUUAACGGCCGCCAUGCUGCUGCUGCCCCCGGAGCCUGCAGUGCCCCGCACCUCGCUCUACCCGCCCAUCGUAGCGUCCAUGACGGCCAAGAGCAAGGCGUCCAAGCGGCGGCGGGUGGAGGGUCACUACAGCCGGGUGCACGAGCAGACCGACAUCAGCGCCAAGCUGCGGCUGAUCACCGGCCUCCAGCGCCUCAAGUACGUGGUGUACCCGCAGACCUUCGCCCUGGGCGCCGACCGCUGGUACCAGCACUUCACCAAGACGGCGUACGUGCCGGGGCUGCCGGAGCGGCGCUGUGCGGGGGGCCCGGAUCUGGCCGCGGUGCGGUCCCUGGUGUGCGAGGCGCUGCUGCAGGAGAUGCACUACGCCCAGAAGGGCCGCCGCUUCCUGUACCGGGAGCAGGAGGUGUCCGCCGCCCCCUUCCUCACCAGCCUGGUGUCCGUGCUCAGUAGCCAGUGCGCCGGCCACAACCCCACCCUCAGCAGCUCCUGCCUAGAUCUGAAGCCUCAGGUGAACUUCUAUUGGUUGCGCGGUGAGACCGUGGUUCCUCGUGGUCACAGAAAAGGCUGUGUUGAUCCCAUUCGAUUUCAGAUUGAUGAUGAACCUCAUGCCCAGAUCAGACUGCGUCAGCAACUUCCUGAGUUUGUUCCUCUAGAUGCUGCUGUGCCUGAGGAGGUUCCCGUCAUUCCGUAUGAGCCAAACAAAUUGCCCCUGUUCAAAAAACAGUAUGCAAACAACGUAUUCAUUGGAGCCAAAGUAGAUGACCCAUGCUGUUAUGGUCACACGCAGUUUCACCUGGUACCAGACAGAUAUAAGAGGGAGAGGCUACAAAAGAUGAACAUUGGAGACCACGUUGAAGUCUUUUUGCGUGCAAAUGCCAUUGCAAGUCUCUUUGCCUGGACAGGAGCACAAGCCAUGUAUCAAGGUUUUUGGAACCAGUCAGAAGUGACGCGGCCCUUUGCCUCGCAGGGGGUUAUUUCUGAUGGGAAAUACUUCUCCUUUUUCUGCUACCAGCUAAACACAUUGGCUUUGGCGGUGGAUUCUGAGAAAGACCCCAACCGUAAGAACAUUUGCUGGGGAACGCAGAGCGCCCCUCUAUAUGAAGCCGUGGAAAAUGGGGACAUCAAAGGAUUUAAUGACGACGUUCUUAGGCAGCUUAUUGACUUUUUUAUGAAUUGCCCAACAUAGUAUAAUGGCUUCAAAGGGUGAUAAUUAUUUCAUAUGUAUAUAUAUUUCCCUGUGUUGUAAUUAAUGCACUUCUUAAUUAUUGUGGAAAUAAAGCAAAGUAUGAGCUUU